GCGCAGCCCUCUUCCUUUUUUAAUCUUUCUUUCCCGAAACGAAGGCGCGGCUCUUGACCAAAGUGGUAUUCAUCGCAGAGAAUCCUCAUUUUUUUCCUGAUGUAGUUUGCCAGCAUUGCUUGUUCCUGGUUCUUGUUUCCAAAGAAGAGGGUGAGAUGGAGGAGAUGAGAGUAAUCGUAGUAGUAGAAGAGGGGAAGCGUCGGCUUACGCUUCUCCUUGUCUUCUCCAUGCUGUUAGCUUCAAGCUGCUUUGAUAUGGGCAGAGCUCAGAAACUGGUUGAUGAAGAAGUUGAAGCGCUAAAAACGAUCGGCUCCAAGUUGAGAAAGCAGUGGGACUUCUCAGUGGACCCUUGCAGUAGAACCGCAGGAUGGUUGGAAUCUUCCGACGCCUACGGGAUAGCCAAAAAUGUCACUUGCGAGUGCAACACGACCUCCAAUAUCUGUCACGUCACAAGCAUUUGGCUCAAGGGUCAGAACCUGACUGGAGUUCUUCCCGAGGAGUUUGCCAACCUCACCUUCUUAACAGAUAUAGAUUUAACUUGGAACUAUCUCGGUGGAUCCAUUCCUGCAUCCUGGGCAUCCCUUCCCCUCACCCAUCUGUCACUUUUGGGAAACCGAAUCUCUGGGACGAUUCCACGAGAGCUUGGAAGAAUGACAUCCCUUGAGGAGCUGGUUCUGGAAGAUAACCAACUGCAAGGCUCUAUUCCUCCAGCCCUUGGUAACCUGAUCAACUUACGAAUCUUCCAAGUUUCGGCAAAUAACAUAAGUGGAGAGUUGCCAGAGUCGUUUGGGAAACUCAGGAACAUGACAGACUUUAGAAUUGAUGGAAACCCAAUCUCUGGCAAAAUUCCAAGCUUCAUUGGAAACUGGACGAAACUUGAAUUUCUAAAUAUGCAAGGAACGUCGAUGGAGGGGCCCUUUCCUCCCGUAUUAGAAAAGUUGGAAAACAUAACUCAGCUGGCAGUGUCUGACUGGAAAGGAGGGGACGGGAAGUUCCCUCCAUUGCAGAACAUGAGAAGCAUGAAAUAUCUUGUGUUGAGGAACUUGUCCAUAUCUGGUGAACUCCCUGAUUUUAUUGGAGAGAUGACCACUCUCUAUAUCUUAGACCUUAGCUUUAACAACCUGACAGGUUCAAUUCCGAAAAGCUUUGAUGGCCUUCAAAAUUCAAUAGGUUUUAUGUUCCUUGCUAAUAACAUGCUAAGUGGAACAAUACCCAGUUGGAUCUUGAGCAGUAGAAAAAACAUAGAUAUUUCAUAUAACUCUUUCACAGGAUCUCCGGCACCAGUCAGUUGUCAACAAGGGAAUGUGAAUUUGGUUUCUAGUUAUUCAUCAACAAACAAUGACUUGAUCGCAACAUGUUUAAGGCAGAAUCUCCCUUGCACAGGGAAAGCUAGAAACUACAAGUUGUUCAUAAACUGUGGUGGUCCUAAAGUGCUCAUUGAUGAUGAUGAAUACGAAGAUGAUACAUCACAGCAGGGUCCAUCAAGAUAUGCCGCCUCUGAUAGUGGGAAAUGGGCUUAUAGCAGCACAGGAGUUUUUCUGGCAAAUGGCGAUGCAAAGUUUACUGCUACAAAUGUAUCAGCACUGAACAUGACCAAACCGGAUUUGUACAUGACUGCACGGCUAAAUCCUGUGUCUCUCAAAUACUAUGGUCUUUGCUUACAGAAAGGAAUUUAUACAGUCAAGCUUCACUUUGCUGAAAUUAUGUACACUGAUGACCAAACAUACUUUAGUGUUGGAGAGCGUUUAUUUGAUGUAUCAAUACAGGGAAAAAAGGUUUUACAGGACUUUAAUAUUGCAAAAGUAGCAAAUGGGACUGGUAAGAAUAUUAUUCUACCAUUUUAUGCUACUGUAAAUGGCACCUUGGAAAUUCACUUCCAGUGGGCUGGCAAAGGAACAAAUGCCAUUCCACAAUUAGGUGUAUAUGGACCUCUUAUAUCUGCAAUUUCAGUUACACCAAACUUCAAGCCAGAUACAGAAGAAAGCAAUCUAUCUCUUGGAGCUAUUUUGAGCAUAGUUGCUGCUUCUUGUGUUGCAAUUGUGUUGACCUUAAUCCUGUUAUUGCUUUUCUUCAGAAGGAAGAAUGCUGAGAACGAUGAACUUCGAGGCCUAAAGCUGCACACCAGUUACUUCAGUUUAAAACAGAUCAAAGCUGCCACCAAUAACUUUGAUCGUGCAAAUAAGAUAGGUGAAGGCGGCUUUGGUCCAGUUUACAAGGGUGCGGUGCCCGAUGGUUCUGUAAUUGCAGUUAAGCAGCUUUCUUCCAAGUCUAAACAAGGGAACCGUGAAUUUCUCAAUGAAAUAGCCAUGAUAUCAGCAGUGCAGCACCCAAAUCUUGUGAAGCUUUUUGGUUGUUGUAUUGAAGGAAAUCAAUUAUUGCUAAUAUAUGAAUAUAUGGAAAAUAAUAGUCUAGCUCGUGCUCUAUUUGGUCCUGAAGAACACCGACGGAAAUUGGACUGGCGAACAAGGCGUACGAUUUGCCUAGGAGUAGCAAGAGGUUUGACAUAUCUCCAUGAAGAGUCGAGGUUGAAGAUUGUUCACCGAGACAUCAAGGCGACAAAUAUUCUGCUUGACAAAGAUCUCAAUGCAAAAAUAGCUGACUUUGGUUUGGCGAAAUUGGAUGAAGAAGAGAAUACCCACAUCAGCACCCGAAUAGCUGGUACAUUCGGAUACAUGGCUCCUGAAUAUGCAACAAGGGGUUACUUGACAGACAAAGCAGAUGUUUACAGCUUUGGAGUUGUUGCGUUGGAGAUUGUUAGUGGAAUGAGCAACACAAGUUAUAGGCCCAAGGAGGACUUCGUUUUUCUUCUUGAUUGGGCCUAUGUUUUACAAGAGGAGGGAAGACUGCUUGAACUCGUCGACCCAAGCCUUGGUUCGAACUACUCAAAGGAAGAGGCAAUGCAGAUGUUGAACCUGGCUAUUAUAUGCACCAACCUAUCUCCAACUCUCAGACCAACAAUGUCCUCUGUGGUGGGCAUGCUAGACGGGAAGAUGCCUGUGCGGGUACCUACUACAGAGUCCAGAGGCUUCAGGAGCAUGGAUCUGAGAAACAGGUCCUUUGAGGAAAUAUCCCAAGAAAGCCGAGCACAGAGCAUCCCGACUGAUGAGCAAAUGUUUGAUACCUCAAUGUCUGCCCAAAGUAGCAAGGAAGAAAUCGCUCCACUUUCUUCAUCAAGCAACCUUCAGAUUACAGAGAUUAGUUUAUAGUUGAGGGGUUGGGGAAAAGUAAAUUAGGAGAUGAUAUAGUUAAGAACAGAUCAUGUGGACGCAUAUCUGUCAUCUCUUCUGUUAUAGUCAAGAUUAAAGUGGGUGUCUUGUCUCAAGCAGACUAGUGACUCUCCAUUACAGAUACAGUGGUUCUCGUGCAGCAAAAGCUUAUAUUGUUAUGAAGCUAGAGCUCACAUGGUUAGUUUCGUCUUACAGAAGAAAAUAGAAGGAUAUUUUUCUUAAAUUUCCACUAGUUGCAUUGGUUUUUAGCAGGAAACUGUGAUAUUUGGAAGAACAAUAAUACAAAGGCUUCAGUAUUUCUGCUGUA